AUGGAUACCAGUUCUGUUCCACACAAAGGUGGGGAUGAAUUCCUGGAAAAAGGGAAUGCUCAGGCGAAUGCGGCUGCAGUUCACUCCUCUGCAAAGCUUCCACGCUGGCGACCACGCCGGAAUAUACGUUUAGCGACUCUGCUCCUUUUGGCUACCCUUGCUGCGACAUUUGUGUUACUCCGCUGUCAUCGUCAGCUAACCGUUGGGAGAAGCCCUGGAGAAGCACACCUGAGGUCGUUGGCUGAAGGGGAAGGGGCAUGGGGUACAACGCCGUGUGGGGGAGCAGACGUGGACGGCGAUGAGACACCUGAUGCUGCUGGUAAUGGCAUUCCACCUAGCAUGCAACAGCGGGUUGACGCUGUGAUGGAAAAACUGGAAAAGGUGACGAAAGACUUAUCGUGUGUUGCUUGCGAGCUCCCGUAUCCAUUUACAAUGAAGUUACUCGAUCUUUCCGCGGGAUUUUGUAUUCAAGAAGUCGCCGCCUUGUCAACGCUGCUAGGAGGGGAGUUCGAUCGACGGAAGGUUGAGAUGAUGGAGACUGUUUUAGCGGAAGGUCGUAUGGUGAGGAAUUUUUCUAAGGAUCGCGACUCGCUCCAGCAGCAAACACAUACAAAUCGCGUCAUGAACGCUGCUAGACAUAUAAUCCGUGGAACACCCGUGCAUCCUACUCUCACAAGAAGCCUGCGCCUGGAGAUGCUGGAAGAACUUCUGCACCUCCAGGAAUUGGCUAUCUCACUCAUCGAUGCUGUAGUUUCACGGGUGUUACGUUCCAAUCCCGAGGGGGAGCUUAGCUUGGAACUCACAAAUGAAGUUAUGGAGGAAGUGAGACGAAUCGUCUAUCUCCGCCGUGCUCAGGUGUUCAUGUCCUCACAUUUGAGCCACCAGCUGCGAGCCAUUGAAACGACAAAUCGCCGGGGAUUGCUCGUGCAAGUUAAGAGGAUCGCUAAAAUAGACGCACGUCCCAAACUAACCUUAGACGAGAAAGUUGCCGAACUCAUUCAAGUUGGAGAGUGGAAAAAAAAGACCGUAGACGAGACUCGACAGGAGAUGGUGGAGGCCAUUGCCAAGGGGGGCAAACCAAUGGACCGCGCUCCACGAACCAGUGGGAGCGCUGCCAGUGAACGCCAGGCCAGAACACCGCUCUUGCGGAGCAGCCCCCCAACACUCCAGUCAGAUGGAACUUCUCAAAACUGGAGAGGCUCUCCCCAAAGCGGAUUAUCUGGUGAGAUGGAGGGAUACCUACCACGGCAUCACGAGUCUCAAGUCACGCAGAGCGCUGCUACUGAUGUCCUCAGUGCCUCAAAAACGCACUUCAGUGGCAAGCGACCAUCUUCCAAAUUUUCUCCCCCACGGUUUCUUCCCCCACGGUUUCAACGCCAGAGCAGUUUCAAGGGAGUCACAAGCAUGAAGGAGAUAAGCACAGGUGGUUUUGGAAACACUGAGGCAAGCCUUGCUCCAGAAACCCUUCCGGCAACAGGAGAAUUCAGUCAUAUGUAUACAGGUGAGAGCCAGCUAAAAAGCUAUGCCCAGCCAUACCAGGCUACCACUGUUACCUAUCGUCCUGGUCAGUCACUGCCUGAGCUGGGCACAGCUCCUUCCGAACCGGGCGUUAGCCUCAAUAUAAGCUGGGAUGAACAUGCCUCUUCUGGCCCUGCCUCCACUUCUUCUCUGGGAACGAGGUUGCAACGAACAGUGGCAGGUGCCGACGUGCCACUGGAGGCACCACGGCAAGGUUGGGAUGCUGCAAGACAGUCUGGAGUGGCGACAACACCAUCGUGGUCGCCAUGGUCCAGCAACUGGCCUACCCUCCUACCCAUCACCCCUCAGCGACAGACUCCAGAUCCACACAUGACACUUAACAGGUCACAGGGAGACACUUCGCAGCAGACAUCGAAACAGGUCGAUCGGCUGCCAUGGGUGUUCGCGUUUUUCCCUGUUCCUUCACCCUCUUCGGGUCCAUUCACCACACCACAGGCAACGGCCUCGGCAGGUGCUGCGAUGCUCUACUCCGGGCAACCACAGGAAAGGUCUGCUGUCGUGCAGAGCAUGACCCCGCCCCCGUCACGACCUCACCUUCCCAAGCAGCCUUCUUCCAUAUCCCCUGCGUCUUCGCUAAUGAUGGAGCAGGGAGUUCAUUCAGGAGUGCCUGGUUCUUCAGUGCAAACGAUGAUGAGUCCUAGAUACUUCCAUUCAGUAGGGCGAGGAAUUCCUAGGAGAGAAGUUAGGAGUUUGGGUCAGCUGGGAGCGCCUUCGGCAGAGUCUCAGGUUUCUAGGGCUUUCAGGCAGGAAAGAGAUGAAGGCUCUCUUGGAGAGUCAGAAUGGCUUGACGAUGAUUCUGACAGCGGUUGA